AAAUGAUUCCUAGAACUUGGGACACCAAAAAUGAGAGGGAAGCGGCUUAAUGCAAGUUCAGUUCAACCCUGCGGCGAGUAGAUUUACAUUCCAACAGAAUAAUUGAGCUGAGGACGGAUGAUAAGCAACGUCGCAGUUGCAAAGCUCCUCUUUUGCCCUGUGGCAGCUUUCUGCCGCCAUGAGCAUUGCCCACAGCCUCGAAGCUUAAAAGCCCCCUCCUGAGCACCUCAUCUUCUUCCUUUUGCUAAUAGAGCAUGAUCUGGCGCGCCAAGCGCGUCACCAAGGUGGUGCACGCAGCAAUGGCAGAUGAAAUAUUGCUCUGUUGUCGGAGGCCUUAUUUUAGUCGCCCGACGCGCCAAGGGUCAUCUAUGGGGUACUCCUUAUAGGUCUAUGCAAAGAAAUCGGGCCGGGGCCUGGUCGCAACUGGGAAUUGGGGGCGGUUGCCGGCCGUUGCCGAUCACAUGGGGCGAGUUGGCCACCCCGCACCCCUGUCCCAAACUGCUAGUGCAACGGAUACGCGUGCGCGUGUUUGCCUCCGUGCCAGAGGCAGUGAGGCACGUCGCAGGCGCCAGGCGGCCUCUCAGGUACUUGGUCUCAAAGCGGUGUCAAUUAGGAAGAGGCGGCAAAACGAGACAGGCAUACCAGAGGACCCGUUCACUAGGCUGGACGGCUGACCUGGACGGCUGACCUGCACACUACGUGCUGUGCCUGCGGCCUCUGCAGGUGCGAAGGGCGGUACGAAGGCAAUGGCCAAGGGCGGCAAGGACGAGAACGGCAAGUCCAUCACCGCCAAGAACAUGGGUGCGAAGGGCGGUACGAAGGCAAUGGCCAAGGGCGGCAAGGACGAGAACGGCAAGUCCAUCGCCGCCAAGAAUUUGGGUGCGAAGAUGCAUGGGGCACGGGGCCACAUUUCAUGGCAACCGCUAUUCCUACUCGUGGAUGCCUGGUUGGAGGAGAACUGCGGGCCAGGGCGCCGCCCUCAUGGGAUAUGGGAGAAGGUGCUGGCGCACUUGCGGCAACUGCCUGAUGGCGCCCACCUCCCGCCCUCCAUCACCGGCGCCAUUCUGAAGAAUCGCUACAACACCAACAAGUACAAGAAGGAGAAGAAGGAGAAGGAGGAGAAGGAGGAGGAGGAGGAGGAGAAGGAGGAGUGAUGGGUGAUGGGACAAGUGGUGAUGGUGAUGUGAUGGGCAAGUCCUCAGCGAACAAUCCUGACACCAAAGAUUAUAAGUGCGACUAUCCUCGGAAAAUGUAAGGGGCGGUGUGGUAUUCGUUGAAGACAGGGGGUGGCGGGUGCUUAGUACGGUAUGCGAGUCAGCAUCAGCUUCGGUGGCGAAGCCUGAAGGAGGGGCAUGACUCAAAAGUUUGGGUUUUCGUUUUCGAUCAUGCAAGUAGCGUGCAAUCUGCAGGCGAGUCGGUCCAGGGGGCGGGGCUUGGGGCAGGCAUGGCUGAGAGGGGAAGGCUGGGCGCCGGGCAGGCUCGCGGAAGUCCAUAGGGCACUUGUC